GGCAAGACACGGACACGGCGGGACAGUGAGGUGCGGCAGGGCAAGGCACGGCAAGGCAGGGCAGGAGCAGGACUCUUGGCGGGACGGGACGCACGGGACGGACGGGACAGCUCGGAGCUCAGAGUAGCGCGACCAGCCAAAGCUCGCGGACCGAGCGACCGCGCGACGGAGCCGCGGAGUAUCGCCGUCGCCGCCGGAGUGGCAGCACGUUGCACGCGACUCGGCGCGACGCGCGACGCGGCGACUCGGCGAGUCAGUCGGACUCACACUCACCGGCACCGCGCGGCACGCGGCACAGUACCACAGUACCGAACCGACCCGACGCCUCAGCCUCAGCGCGCCAGGCCGCGGGACAGGCCGGGCCGACGGGCCGCGACGCCGCGACGCCGCGACGCCGCGAGUGGGAGGACGAGAGCCGGCGAGGAGCGGACAGGUUGUGCGGUAAAACGGCGCGAGUGCGUGUGUGAGUGAGUGAGUGAGUGGAGUGAAACUGCGCCUGGACCGCGCCGCUGCCCAUCACCCCGUCGGGACGUCGGCAGCCCGCCUGCAGACCCGUCAGGACACCAGGAUGGGCGCGCUGGCCGCACUGCAGUGGGUGGCGCUAGUGGCGCUGCUGGUGCUGCUGGACCCGCGCGGCGCCGCGGCGCGAAUGCAGAGCCCCUCGGGCAACCCCCUCAUCGACGACAGCGUCCGCGGCCACCACAAGCCCAACCCCAGAGCAGCAGAAUGCGUGUUCGGCAAGCAGACCAGGGAGCUGGGCUCCACGUGGUUCGCGGACCUGGGCCCGCCCUUCGGCGUCAUGUAUUGCAUCCGCUGCGAGUGCAUCCCGAUCCAGAAGAAGAGGCGCAUCGUGGCUCGCGUGCAGUGCCGCAACAUCAAGCACGAGUGCCCGGAGCCCACGUGCGACGAGCCCGUGCUGCUGCCCAACCGCUGCUGCAAGGUGUGCCCCGGGGACGUCGGCAUGCAUAGUCCCGACAUCGUCCAGGACGUUGCGCCCACCGUGAGCGCGGAGGAAGAAGACAAAAACUGGAAACACUUCGCCGCGCUGCUCACGGGCCGCACGUCGCGGCUCCUGGCGCACGCCGUGCAGGGCUCCGGCCUGGUGGCGCCGCCCCGGAACGUCGGCGGCCACGUCGCCACGGCGCGCUUCACCUUCCACCGCAAGAGCCUGUACUACUCGGUGCUGACGCCGCGCCGGCCGCGCGCCAUCCAGUUCGUGGACCGCGAGGGCAGCAUCCUGGAGGAGCAGGCCGUGCCGGCGCAGGGCUCGGCCUACCAGAACGCCACGGGCAAGGUGUGCGGCGUGUGGCGCCGACUCAGCCGCGACUACCGCCGCCUGCUGCGCGAGGAGCGCCUGCUGGUGACGCUGCUCUGGGACAACGACGACUCCGUGACGGGCUCCGUGCAGCGCGCGCGCUCCCUGGGCUCCGAGCUGCUGUCCGCCCUGCUGCUGCCCGUGCACGGCAACAACUCCCCCGCCAGUGAGCCGCAGAACCCGCUGGCCGGCGCGGGCGGCACGGCCAUCGUGUCCAUCUCGUCCAGCGGCCCCAGCGUGCACAUCGCGCUCCUCUUCAACGGCAUCUUCAGUCCGCAGGACAUCCUGGAUGUGCCCGUGUCCGUGCGGCUGGAGACCGCCGACGGCUCUCGGCAAGUCCUGGAGGAGACGGUGCGCGUCGCCAAGCCCGGCGCCGAGCUCAACGAGGCGUCCGUGACGGCGGCCGUGUCCGCGGCCGACCUGCGCCUCCUGACCCGCGGCAAGCUCGUCCUCACGGUGGCCUCCGCCUCGCCGCGGCGCCCGCGCGACCUGGCCCUGGCCGGCGCCGUGCAGCCCCGCGCCGUCUGCGAGAUCUUCCAGGCGCCGCUGUCCGUGGCGGAGGCGACCGCGGACCAGCAGGAGGAAGCCGGCAACGCCGGCAACAGCAGCGUGGCCGUGGCCGAGCAGGCCUCGGACAACAAGGACAGGCCCGCCGGCCAGGCGUGGCUCUACGUGGACAGGCAUGGCGCCCUCGUCUACAGCGUGCAGCUCUCCCAGGUCCCCGGGGAGACGACGCUGCUGACGCUGGUGUCCGGCCGCGGACGGCGCAGCGUGGAGCUGGAGGACCUGACGCCGUCCCUGCACGCCCCCCUCGGCUCCUGGGGCUGGGCCAACGGCUCCGUCAGCCGCCUCAGCCCGCGCGAGCUGGAGCAGCUGUACGCCGGCGAGCUGUCCGUCAACGUGGCGACCGGCGCGGCCGCCUCGCUGGUGCGCGGCCGCCUGGUGGCGAGGCCCGUGGCGGACGCGCGCGACGCCCCGCAGCCCACCCUGCUCACGCCCAAGAUGGCCCCCACCGGCUCCACGGUGCGCAUCGCCGUCAAGGGGCCGGCCGCCAACCUCACCGGCAUGGCGUGGUUCGCCGUCGACCAGGACUGCAACCUCAACUAUGAUGUGUCGCUGAGUCCCGGGUCGCCCACUGGCACGCCGUCCUCGCCGCUGCAGCUGGCGCUGGAGCAGGUGCCGUUCCUGGCGCUGGGCGCGCCCGUGUCGCGCCGCGUGCUGGACGAGUUCACCACGCCGCAGCACGAGGGCACGGGCAUCGCGCUCACGCACGCCGAGCUGUCGCGCCUGGACGCGGGCGUCUCCUACGUCGACAUCGUGCUGCCGGACGGCGGCGCCGAGCUGCGCGCCGAGCUGCGGCAGGUGCGCGUGCCCGCCUUCUGCCUGCCGCACUACUCGGACAACGACGUGCCCUCCUCGUCCUCCAUGGCGAGCGCCGGCCAGCCCAGCAACGGCGAGCCCGAGACGCUGCACUGCUUCCACGAGACUCGCUUCUACGAGGACGGCGCGCAGUGGGUGUCGGCGCAGGACGCGUGCACCAUGUGCAGCUGUCACCGCGCCAGGGUGCAGUGCGACGCCGUCGUCUGCCCGCCCCUCCACUGCGCCGCCCCCGCCCCCGCCGCCCCCGGACAGUGCUGCGGCACCUGCGCCCCUGCCGCCCCUGCCCAGCCCGACCCAGUGACGGCCGUCGCCGCCGCCGCGGCCCCCGCGGGCUGUAAGCUGGGCGGCCAGUUCCAUGCCGCGGGCACGUCCUGGCACCCCUACGUGCCGCCCAUCGGAUUCGACACUUGUGCCGUUUGCACCUGUAACGCCUCCACCCUGGAAACCCGCUGCGAGCGCACCCAGUGCCCGCCGCUGUCCUGCUCCGAGCACGAGGCGGUGCGCGCCGAGCCCCGCGCCUGCUGCAAGCAGUGCCCCAAGUCCGCCCCCGUCGCGGCCGCCGCCAACGGGGGGCUGCCGCAGCUGCAGGCCGAGCAGGCCGCCCCCAAGACGGUGGAGGAGGUCCUCGCCGAAGGAGGCUGCAAGAACCCGCUCGGGAAACCGCACUCGAACGGCGACGAAUGGCAUCCAAGGAUAUCGUCGCACGGCGAAUACAAGUGCGUCAAGUGCCGAUGCAAGGACGGGAAGGUCAAGUGUGACAGGAAGCGGUGCACGCGGUCCGCCUGCGAGGGCCAGCACGCGCACCAGGCCCUGCGGAGAAGCAGCGCGCUGCACACGCCGCUGCACGCGCUGCACGCCCCCAGGGAGGACGCCUGCUGCAUGGCGCAGUGCCGGCGCUUCCGGCGGCACCACAACAAGGCCAAGACCGAGGCGAGGGCCGAGAGCGAGCCGGCGAGGAGCGAGCCCCGGAACGAACCCCGGAACGAACCCCGACGGUGAAGGGUGCGACGGGUCGACGCCCUGGCAGGGCGGCUCGGGGCCUGACCGCGUGACCUGAGCGCACGCGUCGGAACGUGGCGGUCGUGUCGCACGCGCGUGACGUCACGUGACGUGACGCUGGAGUCGUGGCCACGCGACGCGACGCACGGGGCGCAGCGUUGUAGCGUUGCAGGCUGUACAACCAAAGAAGACUGAAGCUAUUUUACUGGCAGGACUGGACAGAAUCGGCUUGCCGCUCCUUCUGCAGGCGGAGGGGCGUGGCAGGGCGUGGCGGGGCGUGGCGGCAGGGCGUCGCAUAGGCUCCUACACGGCAAGGCACGCCAUGCCUGUGUGGGUGGACGAGAGCGCCGCGGAUGUGACCUGUGCGUCGGCUUCAAGACACCCAAGUAAUUUCAUGCAUUUUUUUCGGGAAAGGCAACGACUUGAACCAACUGACAGCGACGAAUCUGUCGCUCGCACUGUCCGCGAGUGUGGGGAGUCCGAUUGCCAUAAGCACAAGGUACCUGUAAUCGACGAAAACUAUUGGGUAGCAUCUUGGAGGACAGUAUACAGUGUACCACUGUCGUGCUCAAGUGGUGAGUGUGUUGCACGCAAAAGCCGCGCGCUCCUGCAUUGGCCGUAGGUUUCGAUAUUGUCGCUAGUAUUUAUGUUGUUCAAGACGCGCGACGCGAGGAGUUCUUGAAUGGCUGACCGUGUUUGGUGUUUAGUCUCAGUCUGUAGAUAGUGUACCAUAUAGAAUAAGCAAUUGUUUUCAAGUUUUUUUUUGUAUUUAUUAACUAGAUGUACGUGCCCACACAAAAAGGCCUGUUGUUUUUUUUUUCAAAGGGCGUUGAAACUUUUAUGCCAAUGCUUUCUGAGCCUGAAGUGAGCAAAUGGACUGUAAAUAUCUUCUGCAGACGGUGCAAAGCGUAAGGGAGACAAACAAGACUUUGUAAUUGAGUUGAUUUUUCUUGUGUGUUGUUUCUGUAUCUGCUGAAGCUAUAGUUCUAAAUAAUUUGUGUAAUCCGUACGUAACACAUUGGUGGGGGGUCGCCAUCAAAUGGGGACCUUCCCCCGACUCGUUCAACGCCCUAGCUGUGCUGUAUAAUUCUUAUUGCUUAUAAUUUGUAUAAUAGAUUUUUUUCCUAAUUUAUUCGAUAGCAUCGUUGCAGUGAAUGUGCAUCCACUGUGAAAGCCUUACUUUGCAUUUGAACCUCGGACGAAAGUGUAAUUGUGUACCUGCUAGAUUGUAAUCAUGGUUCAGUGUGUUUUGUGAUGAAUAUGAGAGAAGCACGUCAUUCAACGAAAUAAUAAUAAUAAUGAUUAUUAUUGAUAAUAAUGAUGAUAAAAAUAAUGAUAAUAAUAAAGCGCUCUUUUGUUUAAAAA